CAAGCAAUUUUUUUCCCAACUCUGCAAACUCUCAAAAAACCAUGUCAACCUCAUCUCAACUCUCGCAAGAUUUUCUUGGAAACUUUCAUUCCAGAAAAUUACUGCUUUAUUACAAACAAUCGAACCAACCAUCAGCUACUCCUCCUUACCCUCAGACUACUAGUUUAGACCAAAAUGUUUUCAUGGUGCUUUCAGUACUCAUUUGUGGCAUAGUUUGUUCAUUGGGGCUAAACUUAAUAAUCAGAUGUGUACUAAGGUGCUCAAACAGGUCGGCUUCCGACUCCACCAACAACCCUUCAGCCGCAACAGUUAAUAGCGGAAUCGAGCCAAAGGCACUCAAGACUUUCCCUGUGGUGAAUUACUCGGCAAAGAUGAAUCUCCCAGGGGUGGACUCGGAAUGUGCGAUAUGUCUGUCGGAGUUUACGCCCGGCGAGCACCUGCGGUUUCUACCCAAAUGUAACCAUGGAUUUCAUGUUCGUUGUAUUGAUAAGUGGCUUAAAUCGCACACAUCAUGCCCCAAAUGCAGGCAUUGUUUGCUUGAAACAUGCCAAAAGAUCAUGGGGUGUGAUCGAAGUAGCUCACCGGAAUCAUGUGUUCCAGCUCAGGACAUCAUUGUGCAUAUUCAACCAUUGGAACCUGAAGGUGUGGUGCGUGAUAUUAGGGGGGUUAGCUGAUAUAAUUCUUUUUCUUUUGGCCGAAACUGGAAAUCCCUUUGCCACUCCAUCUGACGGCGUUAUAUUCCAUGAGCGAAGCUCUUUUUUGGAGUUUGAAAGGCACCCAAUUUACAACAUUAAUGUUGUUCGCUAGUUCCAUUUAUCAAGCAAACCAAGAUAACAUUAAUGUGUUCAAACUCGAAUUCUUUGUUGGAAGAUAUUUAUAUAAAUUAUGAGUUGAAUUAAACCAAUUCGAUAAAGAUUUAUUCAA